AUGGCGACAUUCGAUGAGGACGAAGCCGAUAUGCUAGAAAAUCUGAAUUAUCUAGAUUAUAUAAAUCGUAUGGAACGAAGAAGUCGGCGGAUUAUUUCUCCAAGAAGAAAUGAGCUGGAACAAUUGGACGAUUACGAUUUUCUAUGUCGAUAUCGUUUGCCAAAAGACAGCGUAAGAAACCUACUGGGACGAAUUGGUCACAAUUUAGUUUCUAGAUCAUCGAAAAAUUAUGCGAUGUCGCCGAUGGAACAACUGUUGUUGGCUCUACGUUUUUAUGCCACGGGAACAUUUCAGUUUGUCGUAGGCGAUUUGAAUGAUUUAAGUCAAUCAUCUGCUUGUAGAGCGAUAAAUAGAGUCAGUUUUUUAAUUGCUCAAAUCUCAGCAGAUUAUAUCCAGUUGCCUAAAACAGAAUCUGAAAGGAAGCAAUUCGGUAGACUAUCAUAUACAGCAUUCAGGUUAUGA